UUGACUCAUUCCUCAAAAUUAACUUAAGCAUUUCUAUAAGGAAAACCUUAUUCUUCGGCUCGAGUGAAUGCACUGAAACCUCUCUGCAAGGGCCAAUGGAGAUGACAAACCAUACUGGGUAUGGAAAAGAUAAUACGUCCUUUGAAGAACUGCGAUGCUCAACAGAUUUUACAAGCGAUAUUCAUAAACAUCUGAUGUCUUUAUCAGCGGUCAACAUUUUCCUAUCCAUUGCUGCAGUUCUUGGGAAUACUCUGAUCCUCGUCGCUCUUCGGAGAGAAUCUUCCCUACAUCCGCCGUCGAAGCUUUUGUUUCAUAAUUUGGCGACAACUGAUCUUUGUGUUGGCCUAGUUGCAGAACCUCUCAAUGUUGCCUAUUGGAUGUCUCUGGUUUAUGACGUGUUGGCGUCAGUAUCUAUAUUGACGUUGACUGCGAUAAGUGUGGACAGGCUUCUCGCUCUCUUACUGGGGCUAAGGUACAAACAGGUUGUAACAUUAAAGCGAACAUAUGCAGUUGUAACGACCUUUUGGGUAGUUUCCUGUGUCGUUGCGCUAUUGUAUCUCGCAAGCCACCGUAUUACUGUCUGGUAUGGCCGUAUUACUAUAGUAUUUUGUCUUACGAUCACAGCCGUCUCAUACACUUACAUUUUCCUCAAGCUUCGUCGCCGUCAAACUGAAGUUCAUGAACGUGUGCAGCAAGAACAUCUAAAGUUAACCGUCCCACUUGACAUUGUGCGAUACAGAAAAGCAGUGCAUAGUGCAGUGUGGGUUCAGCUUGCAAUGGUUCUCUGUUAUCUUCCAUAUCUUGUUGUGAUGGCCUUACGAAGUAACAUAACAAUGUCUUCAUCGUAUUUUCUGGCUUGGGCAGCAUCAGUUUCAUUAGUGUAUUUAAACUCAUCACUUAACCCAUUUCUUUAUUGCUGGAAGAUUGCUGAAGUGAGACAAGUAGUAAAAGAGACAAUUCGCCAAGCGCUUUGCUGCAUGUGCAGUUUUAUCAAUGUCGAUUAAUGAAAAAGCACUCAUUUUCACAAAUUUUAGGGAUAUAAACAAUCAAGAUUGCAAAUCAUUUCAUGUCAUCUUCACUGAACGCUAAGUUUGUGCACGAAGUAUACAUCCAAGACCAGAAAAAACAGAAAUUUUUUUGUUCCACAAAUCAUAAGUAAAUUUUUUAGUGUAAUUUUUCAGAGGAUGCUUUUUAAAGAGUUUGCUUUUCUUCUAAGCAAGCAUCAUGGCUACUGACGUUUCUCUGAGACUUUGAAAAGGAUCAAUAAAAAUGUGCCCAUCAUUAAACGUUCUGGAGUCUA